AUGCCCGAGCUCUCUGCCGACUGCACCCUCUUGCUCUUGGGCAUUCUUGGUCACGACGCCACGAAGUGCCUCCAUUUCGAUCUUCCGCUUCAGCGUAUGCAGGCUCGCGGCGUUUCCGUUCCCUCCGUUCCCUCCGUUACCGAUUUCCACGCAAUCUUAGAAGUCAAGGACACAAAAGCAAGCCCGCCGUUCGAGCAGACAAUCACAAUCACAGUCGACGAAAUCAAGCUGAAGUUCGAGCACACCGGGACCUUUGACUUCGUCAAUCCUGAUAAAGGAAAUCCCGUCAACCUACUUCAUAACAUGAAACGGAACGGCAUAUUCUACACUCGGGGCACCUCCGUGGUAAAGCCCGGUCCCACCCAUUUCACUGCUCAGCAGUUCCCGAGGUACGGCGGACAGGAUGCUGGAAAUGACGGACGUGUGGUGCUCUACACUUACACGACAGAUGGCAUUACCGGUGUGUUCGUCAGCGAAGACGACAACUAUGUCGUUGGCAUUGCCAGCAACAAAGACACCACUUCUUGGAAGGUCAUAGCUUAA